CGGGGACCUUGACGUGCAAGCCAUUCAAGAUAUUAUGCAUCACCGAAGGAGUAGAAGAAGUUCCAAUACCUACCUAUAAAUAUCGACAGAUGGGAAGCCGAGAUUCCCAGUUCGUUUGCCAUACUGUUUGUGCACUACUUAUUGAUAUAAAAUGGUGGUUGUUUUACUUCUAGCCAUCCUAGCAGCGAGCACCGCUCUUUGCUCAGCCGGAGCAGGAUACUACUCGCCCAGCGUGAGCUACUCAGCCCCAGCUCUCGCCUACAGAGGACACGGAAUCGGUCACGAGGCCCCGAUUCCAGUCGCAGUUGGAGACGGACACGACAUCGAUUAUUACGCUCAUCCCAAGUACUCCUACAACUACGGAGUUAAAGAUGAUAUAACGGGCGAUCAGAAGUCCCAAACGGAAGUUAGAGAUGGUGGCGCUGUAAAAGGUUCUUACACUGUGGUGGAACCGGAUGGUUCCGUUCGCGUGGUCGAUUAUACAGCUGACGAUGUUAAUGGGUUCAAUGCGGUGGUGAAGAAAAUCGGGCCUUCUAUCCACGCCGCUCCUGCUGCACCUCUGGGGCAUUUGAGCCAUGCUCCUGCUGCGCCCAUAGGGCACCUUCCUGCGCCUAUAUACGCCGCUCCUGCUGCACCCGUGGGGCACUUGAGCCGCGCUCCUGCUCCUGUGUAUGCUGGUGCUCCUGGUCCGAUUGGUGGUCAUUCCGGUGGAUAUUCCGGUGGAUAUUCCGGUGGAAUUGGAGGGGUAUUCGCUGCGUACGGUGAUGGAGGACACGGUGGAGUAUACGGUGGACAAGGAGAAUACGGAGGUUACGGUGGACAUGGGCAUUAUUAACACCAUAAUUGUACCGUUUGUUGUUGUAGAGGAAUAAAUUUAGGAGAUUUAUGUGUGUUGUUAUUAUAUACUUAACCUUUUAUAAGCUUAAUUAAAUACGCUUGUUAAUAA